GAGCCAGGGGAGGAAGCAUGCGGGGCUAUUUAAUGGUUUUCUGCCUUAUUUGCUGCACCGCGGACGGGCAAAUAGUGUAUUCCAUCGCCGAGGAAACAGAGCGUGGAGCGUCUGUUGGGAACAUAGCAAAGGAUUUAGGAAUAGAUGCAGCUACACUUUCAGCCCGGAAAUUUCGCAUGAUCACCGGUUCAAGUAAGCAAUAUUUUAAUAUAAAUGCCAGCACAGGGGCUUUGUCUGUUAACGAGCCCAUAGACAGAGAGCAGCUUUGUGAGUUAAAGUCUGUCUGUCUUCUGAAUUACGAGCUCGUGUUAGAAAACCCUCUAGAGCUUUAUAGGAUGGAAUUCAAAGUCUUGGACAUAAAUGACAACUCCCCCAGCUUUCCCUUAAGUGAAUAUCAUAUAAACAUGCCAGAAUUCCUGUCACCUGGGGCACGGUUUACACUCCCCAGCGCCCAAGAUCUUGAUGAAGGUGCUAACAGUGUCCAGAAUUAUACUCUGAGCCUUGAUGAACAUUUCUAUUUGGAAAUGCAGAUACGUGGGGAUGGGAGUAAAUAUCCUGAAUUGGUGCUGAAGAAAGCCUUAGACAGGGAGCAGCAAGCCACUCACAGACUUCUGCUUACAGCCAAAGAUGGUGGAAACCCUCCAAAGUCUGGUGAUGUCCCGGUCAUUGUGACUGUGCUGGAUACCAAUGACAAUGCACCAGAAUUUGAGCAUUCCGUCUACAGGGCGAGUAUCUUGGAGAACUCCCCCAGUGGCACUUUGGUAGUCCAAGUGCACGCCACGGACUUGGAUGAAGGUCCAAAUGGAGAGGUCAGGUAUUCCUUUAGCAAUACAACUUCUGCUGACUUACAGCGAAUGUUCUCAAUUCACCCACACACUGGGGAGGUGACAGUCAAUGGCGUUUUAGCUGUUCAGAGACCCCUUCUCGAGAUGCUGAUUGAGGCAAGGGAUAAUGGGGCAUUUGGCAUGUCCAGCACAGCUAAGCUGCUGGUGGAAAUCACAGAUGUGAACAAUCAUGGCCCAGAGAUUACAAUUACAUCCCUUUCCAGUCCCAUUCCUGAAGAUGCUAUUCCUGGCACAGUGAUAGCUCUGCUGAGUAUUUUGGAUAAGGACCCUGGGGAGAAUGGGAAAGUAACAUGCCAGAUAUCUGAAAACCUUCCCUUCCAGUUAAAGCCUUCCCUUCAAAACUACUACAGCCUUGUCACCAGUGAGCUUCUGGACCGAGAGCUGAUCAGUGAGUACAACAUCACCAUUACUGCCACGGACUUGGGUUCUCCUCCUCUCAGCACUCAGAAGACUGUUUGGGUGCAGAUUUCUGACGUGAACGAUAACCCCCCUGUCUUCAGUGCUGGUGCAUUCGAUGUGUUUGUGGAGGAGAACAAUCCACUUGGUGCUUUUCUCUACCAGGUCUCGGCAUCUGACCCUGAUAUAGGGGAGAAUGGACGGGUCUCUUACGUGCUCAGGAAUUCCACAGUUGCAGGCAGUGCCCUGACCAGCUUUUUGUCUAUGAACUUGGCCAAUGGGAGCAUCUAUGCAAAACGUGCCUUUGAUUUUGAGCAGCUGAGGAGCUUCCAUUUCCAAGUGGAAGCCAAGGACAAUGGGUCACCAGCCUUGAGUGCUGCCAUAACAGUGAAUGUUUACAUCUCAGACCAGAAUGACAAUGCCCCAGCCAUCCUCUACCCCACCAGCCAGAACGGCUCUGUAGCUGUGGAAGUUGUGCCCCGCCUGGCUGACGAGGACUACCUGGUGACCAAAGUGGUGGCAGAUGACGAGGACAAUGCGCAGAAUGCCUGGCUUUCCUAUCACCUCGCCCAUUCCUCUGACUCCACCCUAUUCCAGCUGUCGCCGCACACCGGCGAGCUGCGCACCACACGCUCCAUGCGCUCCACCGACUUCCUCAAGCACAAGGUGGUCGUGGUGGUGCGGGACCACGGGGACCCGCCGCUCUCCUCCACUGUGACGGUGGGCAUCCUGCUGGCUGACACCCUGCCCCAGGCACUGCCGGACUUCGAUGACAGCGGGGAGCCACCACCGCUGCUCAACACCACAAACAUCUACUUGAUCGUUUCCCUCUCCUGUGUCUCGUUCAUCUUCGCGGCGUUCAUCUUCUUCCUCGCCAUCAUCCGGCUCUGCCGGUGCCGGACUUGCUGCUGCAGUGGCUGCUGCUGCCCAGCUGAGGACUACCAAAAGUAUUGCUACAGUGUGCACAUGCUUCCCAGCUCCCACCUGCCUCCAGACAUGCUGGAGGUCACUGGUGUGGGUAAACUCACUCACACCUACUUGUACAGGGCAUCUGUAGGUCUUGGGCCUAGCAACAGCAGCAUCCCAAAUGGAGAUGCUGGGAAUGUUCCUAGUGGCUCAAGGUUACAAGUGCCAGGACCCUGCAUCCAAGUGCAGCAGGUCCAAAGUGACCGGUUGAGCGCUGUCCUCGUGCCAAAACACCCCAAUCCGGACUGGCGCUACUCUGCAUCCCUGAGGGCAGGAAUGCAAAGUGCUGUGCAUAUGGAGGAGGCAGGAGUCCUGCGUGGAGGAGCUGCAGGGCCUGAUCAGCAGUGGCCAACAGUCUCCAGUGCUACAGCAGAACCUGAGGCGGGAGAGGUGUCCCCCCCAGUGGGAGCUGGUGUGAACAGCAACAGCUGGACCUUUAAAUUUGGACCGGGCAAUUCCAAACAAGGUGGUCCUGAAUCUAAAAAGCAGACACAAGUUUCCUUUCUCCUACGCCGAAAAGGAGAAUCUUCACAGUACAGCCAGUGAGAGGUUGGACUCUGCACUGUGGUUCCUGUGCUCCUGUCUUGAUGACACUUACAGGAUAGGUUUAAAAGUUUUAAUGUUUUGCACCCUCUAUCUGAUUGGAAAUAUUUGUGUGCAGAUGUCAGCUAGGUGAUAUGAGAUCAGAUUAUAAAAUGCAAGAAGAGCUGGUAAAUAUGCAACAGAGGAAACACCUAAUGAACACAAAUGUUCAAAGAUGUUCAGGCUGGGGAGAAAAUGUCUUAAAGGAGAUGAGCAGACUUGUCAAAUCCUGAGAAGUCACUGUGUGGAAAUACUGACUCCUAUACAUGACGUAUUGUACACACUGCUUCAAAUGAAACCUCACAUUUACAGCUCUUUAAGACACCAUAAAUUCUAUCUCUUUACCAAGCAAGCCAUUGGAAAAAUUGUCUCUUAAAGCCCUGCAUUACCCUGGUAAGGCUAGCCCUCAGAGAGUAAGAAGGGCUGAGCUGACAUCCCAGGAAUGUAACUGUGAUGCUGUGUGUCCCUAUUUCCACAUUAUUUUGCACAUAAUGUCUCUGAAAAGGUCAGAGUUUUUCCACGACACUUAUGCAAAAGAGAGAAAAAAGUAACAUUAACUAUGCUAUUUGUUAUUUGAGAUAUUUAUUUAUAAAGAAAUAUAGCUGUAAAUGUUAAAGAAAUAUGAUGCCCUUUAACCCAAACAGAAGUCAAAUCUAGAGCCAUUAUAAAUUACAAUUGCUGCUAUUAAAGUGCUUUAGAAAAAUUGCCUGAAACAUCUGUAUUAUAUCGGCCACUUGCCAAUAACAGCUUUAUUCUGUCGGGUGACUUGGGGGCUGCCUCUUGCAUGUAUUAAUAAAUACAAGAAUAUCUUCUCUUUUUUUUUUUUUUUUUUUUUUUUUUUUUUUUUUUUUUUUUUUUUUUUUUUUUUUUUGCAUUAUUCUGCACUUUGAAUACACUUUUGCAAACAAACUGUUCUAAUAUGAAGAAGCAGAAGCAAACUCCUCACACAGAUGGAUUUAUUAACCUGCUAGCUCUGUGCAGUACCUUGGUGUUACCUCCCACACGACCUUUUCUGAUUUUAGUUUUACUUUUCUAUGAGAUUAUGAAUUUCUGACCCUACUAACACUCCUUAUGUAAAAUUAAAGUACUGUAUGUAUGCUGUAUGCUCUUAUAAGAAUCCUGAAAUAUUUAUUCUGUGCUUGUGUAUGUGAAUGUCAAUGCAACUAUUAUUAGAGUGGACUUUAAGCUUUACCGUUGAAUGUAAAUUCAUUAUUUCUUUUUUGUACACUUGUGGAAAAGUGGAGUAGUGUUAAUUUUUUAAGCCACUGUUGAUUAUCAGUUUUUUUGUGUAUGAAACACAAGUAAAAUAUCUUUCUUAAACCAAGCCAUGCAUGCAUUUUGGGAUUUAUUGGUAAGAAUCUGUGAAGCUGAAGUUCUGUGAAUUACUAAAAUUAAGGGUAUAAAUGGAGUAUUGAAUGUGGUUGAGGAUGUUGAAUAAAACCAAUACAUGUAUUUUUAAAUAGAAUAUAGCUGAUGAGGGAAUUCCAAGGAGUUUUCUACAUUAUUGUACAUUCACAGAAUAAAGCUCAAGUGUCGUGUUAAUUGGAACUGUGUAAGAAACUACAUAGCUCUGAAAUUUCCAAAGGCCCUUUAAUCUAGGAUCAAAGAGAACAACUGGAUUUCUUGAGACAUGUCCUGGAUGUUUUAAGUUUCCAAACUGCUGACAGUUCAGAGUAGAACAAUCCCUAUUCAUUUUUAAGAACCUGCAGCAAAUCUUAAAACAUCACAGCAAAGCUCUAAUAAAAGAAUCCAUAUCUCAAAGCAUGAACCACCAAUGGCCUCAUGUGGUCUAUUUAGAGUCUUCUUUUGUUACCAGUCUUGUCUUACUGACAAUAAAAAGGUGCUACUUAAGAAAGAGAAUCCUUGAUUCACUUUUAAAGGCUAGACAAGAGAAAAAAAAAAACUUAAGCUUUGGAGACGGAACUGUUCUUUUAUGCAAAUGUGCUAUGCAAGUACAUUUAGGUGUUUAUUUUUAUUUGGUGACUAAUCCAACAGCUCCCAAAACGUUCAUCAGCUGUAGUUACAGUGGUAGUUUAAACACUCAGAGAAUACUCUUGUUAUGUAUUCAUCAUAAAAUAGUUCUCUCAAUGCCUCUGGCAAAAAUUCAGCAAGAAGAUUUAAUUCUUACAGGAAUCUUUUACACUUGAUUAUUUUUAGAUUUUAAUUGAAUAUUGGUUUUUCUUUUGAGUGCUUGCAUUUUCCCCUAUGCAAGCCAGUCUGACUCAUUCAUUUUUCAUCAGUGGCCAUACACAACUGGUUUUCCAAGGCUUGCAUCUAUUAGAAUGAACCAAAAGCUGCAGUAUGUCUCCAAUUUGCUGGUCUUAACACAAAAUUACAUUUACCAAUGCUGCCUUUGUUGCAGGUACUUUCUAUGUGCUUGCAUGCCUGGGGAGACAAAACAAUCUGAAGAUAAUCAUUCCAGCAUGAUUAUCAAUGAUGAUAAUCAUUCCAGUCUGGAAAGCUGACAGAACAGAGAAAGAACUCUCAGAGGAGAGGAGGAGCUCUUGCUGGAAUUGUUUGAAAAGAGGCUGGGUUGCACUAGGAGGGUAUACAUCCCACACACUCACUGUGUUUUCUGAAUACUGAAUCAUGCACCUCACCAGAUUUUAUAAAGAUUUUUCUGUACUUGGACCCGCUGGGACAACUGCAAUGCUGAGAUGUCUACAGUGAAAUUUGGCUAUUUCAUAACUAAUAUACAAAUUAUACCAUUGACAUCCUUGAUUUUGGGUGUCCAUGAGGAGAAACCCUUGGCAAGAAUUUGGAGGACCAGGGGUAGGUGGGGGCAGGAUUCCACCACAGUUUUGGGGUUACUGUUUUAGCCACACAACAAUAGAAAUUGAGAACUAGAGGUGGCCAAUAACAGCACAAAUUAAGAAAAAAUUCUUUAAUCCUCCUGCUGACAAUGAAAUGAGCACGACAAAAUACACUGCAGACUUUGCUAACAAGGAAAUUACAGUUUUGGGGCUUUUUACCACUUGAACAAUUUAUGUCUUUCAGAAUCCAUAUAUAUUCUCCGUGAGCAUUUUGUCUUUGGAAGUCUGGUUUCUAUGCAUACAAGAUCAGUGAUGAAAACUAUUGGGCUUUUAUAACAAUAAACCUGAGCUAUGUUGUAUAUUUAUUACAUCCUGUCAUUAAAAAUAAUCUCA